AAUGUGACCCUGCCUGCAGCCUCUUUCCUACAAGCCACUCUGCAGCCUAAACAUCUACCCCUACUUUCUCCAGAAGGGCUGGACUGCUCUACAAGGCCCUAAAGAUGACGCGUAUUUUGUCUGUUUUUAGGGCUGCCAGAGCAGGGCUUCUUAAGCCAACGGUCCAGCAUCACUGUGGCUUCGCAAAACCUGGCCUCCGGUUCAUGAGCGUUAAGGCGCACACUGCAAAUUUAGUGCUGGAAGAUGGGACAAAAAUCAGAGGCUACUCCUUUGGGCACCCUGCGUCAGUAGCCGGAGAAGUCAUUUUCAACACUGGAUUGGGCGGAUAUGUAGAAGCUUUGACAGACCCAAGCUAUCGUGGACAAAUUCUCACCCUUACCAACCCGAUCAUAGGGAAUGGCGGAGCACCUGACACCAAAGCCCUGGAUUCCUAUGGUCUUAUGAAAUACAUUGAGUCAGAGAACAUUCAGGUGUCUGGUCUACUGGUCUUGGACUACAGUCAUGAGUACAGCCACUGGGGGGCAGUCAAGUCACUCUCAGAGUGGCUACAUGAAGAGAAGGUUCCUGCGCUGUGUGGAAUUGAUACCAGGAUGUUGGCGAAAAAGAUUAGGGACAAGGGCAUUGUACUUGGUAAAAUCGAAUUUGAAGGACAGCCAGUGGAGUUUGUUGACCCCAACAAGAGGAACCUGAUUGCAGAAGUAUCAACCAAGGAAGCGAAAGUAUAUGGCAAAGGGAACGCUGUUAGAAUUGUGGCCGUGGACUGUGGAGUGAAGCACAACAUCAUCCGUCAGCUGGUAAAGAGAGGAGCAGAGGUUCACCUGGUUCCCUGGAAUCAUGAUUUUACGAAAAUGGAAUAUGAUGGUCUCUUACUUACAAGUGGACCUGGAAACCCAGAAUUGGCCCAGCCUCUAAUCCAAAAUCUGAGGAAGGUCUUCAACAGUGACCGCACGGAACCAGUGUUUGGUAUCUGUAUGGGGAAUGAGAUUGCAGCUCUGGCAGCUGGGGCCAAGACAUACAGGUUGCCGAUGGCUAACAGAGGGCAGAACCAGCCUGUUAUGAACACAAUGAAUGGACAGGCCUUCAUUACUGCUCAGAAUCAUGCAUAUGGAGUAGAUAGCAACUCUCUACCUGCUGGCUGGAAGCCACUCUUUGUAAACAUAAAUGAUAAGAGCAAUGAGGGCAUCAUGCAUGAGACCAAGCCAAUCUUCACUGCCCAGUUUCACCCUGAGGCCAAUCCUGGACCGGUUGACACAGAGUUCCUGUUUGAUGUUUUCCUUUCAAUGAUAAAGAAGGGUAAAGGCACCACCUUGGUAUCAGUAAUGCCCAAACCUGCUCUACAGUCUAAGAGAAUUGAUGUAUCUAAAGUCCUUAUCUUGGGUUCUGGAGGUCUCUCAAUUGGACAAGCAGGAGAAUUUGAUUAUUCUGGAUCUCAGGCUGUCAAAGCUAUGAAAGAAGAGAAUGUGAAAACAGUUCUCAUGAACCCCAACAUCGCCUCUGUCCAGACUAAUGAGGUGGGCAUCAAGCAGGCCGACACAGUGUACUUCUUACCUAUCACACCCCAAUUUGUCACUGAAAUUAUUAAAACAGAGCGACCAGAUGGCAUCAUCUUGGGAAUGGGUGGACAGACUGCCCUGAACUGCGGUGUGGAACUCUUCAAACGGGGCGUGCUUAAAGAGUACGGAGUUCGAGUAUUGGGCACUUCAGUGGAAUCCAUCAUGUUUACAGAAGACAGGCAGCUUUUCUCCGACAAACUAAAUGAAAUUAAUGAACCCAUCGCCCCAAGCUUUGCUGUAGAAUCGGUGAAAGAUGCUCUGGGUGCAGCUGACAAAAUUGGCUACCCUGUCAUGAUUCGAUCUGCCUAUGCUUUAGGUGGUCUUGGGUCAGGUCUUUGUCCUGAUAAGGAAACACUCACAGACUUGGCAACAAAGGCUUUAGCAAUGACAAACCAGAUUUUGGUAGAACGUUCAGUUGUGGGUUGGAAGGAGAUUGAGUAUGAGGUGGUGAGAGAUGCAGCAGACAACUGUGUCACCGUCUGCAACAUGGAAAAUGUGGAUGCUAUGGGAGUUCACACAGGGGACUCAAUUGUUGUAGCUCCUUGUCAGACCCUGUCCAAUGAGGAGUGUCAGAUGUUGAGGGCCUGUUCUAUCAAAGUUGUACGGCACUUGGGCAUAGUUGGUGAAUGCAAUAUCCAAUUUGCUUUGCAUCCCACUUCACUGGAGUAUGUCAUCAUUGAAGUCAACGCCCGACUCUCACGUAGCUCUGCUUUAGCUUCUAAAGCCACUGGGUACCCGUUGGCCUUCAUCGCUGCAAAAAUUGCCUUGGGCAUACCCCUGCCUGAGAUUAGGAAUGUUGUCUCUGGAAAAACCACAGCAUGCUUUGAGCCCAGUCUGGACUACAUGGUGACAAAGAUACCCCGCUUUGAUUUGGAUCGCUUCCAUGGUGCCUCAGGAUUGAUUGGCAGCUCUAUGAAGAGUGUUGGAGAGGUCAUGGCUAUUGGUCGCACAUUUGAAGAAAGCUUCCAAAAGGCACUGCGAAUGUGUCAUCCAUCUGUAGAUGGCUUCACCUCAAAUCUUCCAAUGAACAAAGCAUGGGCAGCAGAUGUCAACUUAAGGAAAGAGAUGGCUGAACCCACCAGCACCCGUAUGUUCAGCAUGGCCAAGGCUCUGGAAUCAGGAAUUCCUAUAGAUGAAAUCUACAAACUUACAGCCAUUGACAAGUGGUUCCUGUACAAGAUGCGAGGUAUUCUGAACAUGGAGAAGACCCUGAGAAACAGCAAGAGUGAAUCCUUACCAGAAGAGACAUUGCGUCGUGCCAAGCAAAUUGGGUUCUCCGAUCGGCACAUUGGGAACUGUCUGGGGCUGACGGAAUCUCAAACCAGAGAGCUGAGGCAGAAAAAGAACGUCAAUCCAUGGGUCAAGCAGAUUGAUACAUUGGCUGCUGAAUAUCCUGCAAUAACAAACUACCUCUACCUCACCUACAAUGGACAGGAGCAUGACAUAAAGUUUGAUGACCAUGGAAUGAUGGUUCUAGGCUGUGGCCCGUAUCAUAUAGGCAGCAGUGUCGAGUUUGAUUGGUGUGCAGUUUCCAGCAUCCGUACACUACGUGAACUCGGCAAGAAGACCGUGGUGGUGAACUGCAACCCUGAAACUGUCAGCACAGAUUUUGAUGAAUGUGACAAGCUUUACUUUGAGGAGUUGUCCCAGGAAAGAAUUAUGGAUGUAUACCAACAAGAACAAUGUGAUGGCUGCAUCAUCUCAGUGGGAGGGCAGAUCCCCAACAAUUUGGCGGUGCCGCUACACAAGAACGGAGUGAAGAUCAUGGGCACCAGCCCGCUGCAGAUUGAUAGGGCUGAAGACCGUUCCAUAUUCUCUGCUGUCCUGGACGAGCUUAAGAUUGCCCAAGCGCCAUGGAAAGCAGUUAACACUCUGGAUGAUGCUCUGCAGUUCACAAAGACUGUUGGCUACCCAUGCUUACUGCGUCCUUCCUAUGUGCUCAGUGGUUCAGCAAUGAAUGUGGUAUAUGGAGAUGAAGAACUGAAGAGCUUCCUAGCAGAAGCCACCAGAGUCUCACAGGAGCACCCAGUGGUGAUCACCAAGUUCAUUCAAGGAGCACGAGAAGUGGAGAUGGAUGCCGUUGCCAAAGAAGGCCGUGUCAUUUGCCAUGCUAUUUCAGAACAUGUGGAGGAUGCCGGAGUUCAUUCAGGGGAUGCUACCCUUAUGAUUCCCACACAGUCAAUCAGCCAGGGGGCGCUUGAGAAGGUGAAAAUUGCAACCAAGAAAAUUGCAACUGCUUUUGCCAUUUCUGGACCCUUCAAUGUUCAGUUCCUUGUCAAAGGAAAUGAUGUUCUGGUGAUUGAAUGCAACCUGAGAGCCUCCCGCUCCUUCCCAUUUGUGUCCAAGACUUUGGGAGUUGACUUUAUCGAUGUGGCUACCAAAGUCAUGAUUGGAGAAAAAAUUGAUGAGAGUCCUCUCCCUACAUUAGAGAGCCCCAUCAUCCCUGCAGAUUAUGUUGGCAUCAAGGCACCAAUGUUCUCCUGGCCUCGCUUGAGAGGAGCUGAUCCAGUGCUGCGUUGUGAGAUGGCAUCUACUGGUGAGGUGGCUUGCUUUGGGCAAAACAUCUACUCUGCCUUCCUGAAGGCCAUGAUCUCCACAGGUUUCAAACUUCCCCAAAAGGGAAUUUUGAUUGGAAUCCAGCAUUCAUUCCGUCCCCACUUCCUCGGCACAGCCCAGCAACUUAAAGAGGAGGGAUUCAAGCUGUAUGCUACUGAGGCCACUGCUGAUUGGCUGAAUGCAAAUGAUAUUCCUGCUACAGCUGUUGCUUGGCCUUCCCAGGAGGCACAGUCCAGCACUCCCUCAAUCUACAAAUUGAUCAAAGAAGGCAACAUUGACCUGGUAAUUAACUUGCCAAACAACAACACAAAGUAUGUGCGUGAUAACUUUAUCAUAAGGAGGACUGCAGUGGACAGCGGAAUCGCCUUACUUACCAACUUCCAGGUGGUUAAACUGUUUGCUGAAGCUAUAAAAUAUUCUGGAGACCUGGACACCAAGAGUCUUUUCCACUACAGACAAUUUGGGGGCUCCAAAUCCGUAUAAGGAGCCUAAAUUAUUCCGAAGCAGCUUUUCCAACUGAAAGGACCAUCUCACUAAAUGUCUUUUGUUGAUCAUUUGUUUACUUUCAGUUGUAUUUUACUUUAUUAAAAGAAGACCAAUGCCACUUUGAUUAUGUCUUUGAGGUUUUGAACAUGUGAAAUCUGAGAUUUCUCAGUAAAAAAUAAUAAUUACAUGGGUACAUGUAUGUUUAUAGAUUUCUUCGUAUAUAGUUUAGAAUCACCCCUAAAUUUACUGUGCCACUAUGAAAUGUAAAAACAUAAAAUAUUCAUGUGGUAGGCCAUUAUGUAGAACAAGUAAAAAAUAAUCGAUAAAACCUCCCCACAAAGAGUUCAUAACUGAUCACAUACAUGCCACCCAUACAGUUCAUGCCUGCUCAUUUGGAGCAGCAAUUCACAAAGGCAUAUGGUAUCUCAACCACUUUACAUAUGAUGUUCCCAGAAAUAAAGCUCUUAAUGCUUUGUUUAAAAUUAACCAAAUCGGUUUUGAGCUUGGACAUUUUGUCCAAAAGACAUCUAAAAUCAAAUCUAUGAUCAAAGCUGUAUAAAUCAGCCCCACAUAGAUGGUCUAAUUUAUAAUUAGACCAAAAGAAAGUGCAAAUCCUAAGAAAAUAAAAAAAAUGCUUCUAAAACUUUUUGGCUAGAAUCAUGGAUGGCAGGAGCUCACACUAAACACAUAUAGUAAUAGUACCAACUGCUGUUCAAGAACACAGUACCAACCCUGGAUAAUGUUUCUCAUGAUCCCGUAAAUAAUAGUAUACCCAUUGUGAUGAUGAGCCUUUUCAAAUGAUGGAGACAAACCUUAAAAGAAACAAAUGGUAAAAGAUGGAGGAUCCUAAUAAUUGCAUGUGAAGAAAUAAAACCACUGAGUCUUUUUCAA